AUGCGGUAUUUAUCCAGCCUAGGUGUGAAUGCAAGUGAUGUGGAUGAGGUUCUCUUAUUGAAUGUCUCCCUGCCAAAUCUGCAAAAGCUAGGUGGACGACUAGCGGAAGAGGCGUUGGACGAGUCUCCUUUGUUCCAAGCUGUUGGCGGCCAGAACAUUUGGUCACAGCUGAGAGAGGACCCCCUGCCAUCCCUUUCUCGGUUGUCAAACUUGACUUAUCUACAAUUCACCAGAGCAUACAGUGGAGAGCAGCUGGCAUUUCUCACGGGGUGGUUUCCCAAGCUAAAGAUUCUCUCCCUAAGAGACCUGCCUAAUCUGAAUCGGCUAGAGAUACAGUAUUGCACCAUGGCGAGCCUGGAAAAUUUAUUCUUAACCAACCUCAGCAGCAUGACGGAGGUGCCAGCUGGCAUUGAGUUCCUCACUUCCAUCAAGUAUCUAGGCUUUCACCAGAUCAGCAGGGACUUCUUGCCAUCCCUGCGCCAGUGUUCUGCAAUUCAAGGCAUAAUGUCACGGGUGGGGUGUUCCCUCCGAGAUUGA